AUGGCGUCGAGGCGCGGGCCUAAGUCACCCCGCGGUUGGCUUCUGCGUGCGCGCAUCCCUCCACACCCCGCGACAGGACGGAUUCUCUAUGACAUUCCGUGUAAAGUGUGCAAGGAUCACUCCUCAGGCAAGCACUAUGGAAUUUACGCUUGCGACGGCCACAUUAACUUCGUCCUACCCUUGAAGCGGUCCAUUCGGCGCAACAGGCAGUACACAUGCAAAUCACGAAACGGUCAGGAAUCAUGUUGCCGUGUGGAUAAACCGCAUCGAAAUCAGUGUAGAGCCUGUCGACUGAAAAAAUGCCUCGAAGCUGGCAUGAAUAGAGACUUUGAUCAGCUCUCCAGGCCAGGAAGUCUUCUUGAAUUAGACCCGACUGUCAUUCCUUUUCCUGAAUUAGUUGAUAAGGAGUAUUUAAGCAUGUUGGUAUCAUCCUAG